GUUGUCUCAAUUCCAGGUCAUUGUCAGAAAGCCACACUCAAAAAUGAGCUGCAGUGCUCAGGUACAGAAGGGCUUGAAACAUAAUCUUCUCACUGUACCUUGGAUCUAGGCGUGCCGGCAAUUCAGGCCCUUGGGUUGUUCCUGCUACAGGGGUUGGUACGUGCAGGCACGGGCUGGACUAUUGCACUCAAGAGCAAACAGUUGCUCCUGGUGAACGUUCAGGUUUCAGCGCCUGUAAGCUUCCAUCAGGAAAGGAGCGAGGUCAACUCCCUUACCUCCGGGUAAUACAAGCCAAAAGCUCCUCACUUCCAUAAUCCACGCCGAAAUUCAAAGGGGUUCUUUGGGUCCUGCUCUUCAGCACAUCAUCCAUUUCCAGGGGCAAUACAAGCAAUUUGACUUUACCCACAUGAUGGUUCUGGAGGAUUUAUGGAGGAAGUGUUCAAAAUGAAGCUCAUACUGCUCUUGUCCUUUGCUCUUCUAAUAUAUAUUUUAAUUACAAGGUGGCUUACAGGCGAAGUGCUUGUCACCGUCAGCAGUGAACCGUCAGUUGUCUCUGUUGGAGAGCAAGUGACUCUGUCCUGCCAGCUGACAGACAGUGUCCCCUUUAACACGAGUGUGCUUUGGUACAAACUGGAAAAGGGGAAGGAUGCUCCACUGUGUGCUUCAUCCAGCCUGGGUGGGGUGGUGGAUCAGUGCCAGGAUGAAGAACGGAAGAGGAUGGCGUGUCACUGGAAGAGAAAAGCACUUCUCCUGGUUAUCCAGGCAGUGCAAGUAGCUGAGGAGGGGACAUAUGUUUGCGCAGUGAACGGCAGCGUUGUCACAAAGGCUACUAUGCACCUUGAUGUUACAGCAAUUGGUACCAAGCCAACUUUGUACAGGGAUCAGCAAGAGGAGAAUAUGUGUUGCUACACGUGUAAGUCAAAAAACUGGUACCCAAAGCCUGAAGUUAUUUGGACGAACUAUGGAGGAGACAUGGCAGAUGUGGAGGCCAACACCAAUGUAACGUGGAGUGAGAGAGACCAUUUCACGGUGCAAAGCAUCAUCACAGUGCCUUGUGAUAAAGUAGAUGUGGUGUGUGUAGUCCAACUCAACAAAACCAAGGCAAGCCAAUCAGGUUCCUUGAAUGACAUGACUGUGGGAGGCACUUGUGCAUACAAGGGCAGAAUAACAGGUUCGUUUGUAAAGCCCAAAGUGAUGUGGAUUAAUUCCCAAGGAGAAGACCUAUCUUCACUGGCCCUGACAAGCAUUCUACAGGAGACGGACAAUACUGUUGCAAUAGAAAGCUCCAUUGAGAUACCCUGUGGACAACCACCACCUUCGUUUGUGACCGCUGAAAGGGAACACAGCCUACAGGUGCCUCAACAGUCAGAAAGCGGUGAUUUCUUCUGGGUUCCCUGCCUCCUUGUCCUCCUUAUUUUAGCAGCAACGCCUUGCAUGAAGAUUGGUAACUCAGGAGAAAAACUGUGUGUGAGCAACGUGGAACUGAAUGGAAAGAAUGGUGAGUCUUCCUGCUUGCUCGAACACCUUCCCUCUUGGGAUAGAGCUCUCGGGCGGGUGAGGAGGGAUGCCCCAGCAAUGCCAGCUGUUCCCCGAGUGCCACGCUGACGGAGCCUGCCAAUGUGCAAGGCUCAACCUGGCAGCUGGCGCUCCCUGGCUCUGGCUUUUGCAAGGCAGUACCAGAUGCCCAGCUGUGAAUAGGUACUGACUCUUCCUUUUGAUCGGGGGCCUCCCAAUACCUGCUGCGGAAUUAGUAUUUAUGGAGUCUUCACCUUUCAGCACUUUUCCAGUGUCAGAUUAGUCAGGGAGAAUGUUGAGGGUGUAGUGUGCUUACCUACCCAUGGUGCGGGCCCUUACACGGAGCCUUGACAGUGGCAGAAGGGCCCUAAUCCCGUGGUCCCUGGCCAUUCUCCUAGUCCAGCACACUUUUGGCAUGACUGAUGGGAUGUUCUUGUGCCUGGGAAUCCUAUUAUGGACUUCAGUCCAUUGAAAGUUCUGUGUUCUUUGCUAUUCACUUAAGGAGAGAAGUAGUGUCCCAGAAAGAGGAACCAUCCUCAGGGGAAGUGAAUACCGUCCCCUGUGUAGCAGGAAGGUGCCAGGCUGAAUUUCCUGUGUGAGCCAGAAAAAGGGGCAAGGGUGUUGUGGUGGGGCUACUCCAGUUUAUGCCUUGCUGGGUGCUGCUCGAGGGGAGGUGCCCUUUUCCCUCAGCACCUGACAAGUACCUUUUGUGUCCUAUCCUAACUUCAUGUCUUCUUCUCCUGUCACCAUGGUGACUUGACAGAGCAUCUGCGUGCAUGGAACGGUGAGAUUUUGUGCUUGCCCAAAUACCUUCCACACUGGUUGGGAGCCUUGGGGAGGGUGAGGAGGGAUGCUCCAGCAGUGCCACAUGCUCCCCGAGCGUCACUUUGGGUGGCCCUGCCAAUGUGCAAGAUUCACCUGGGCAUCUGGUGCUCCCUGGCUAUGGCUUUGCCAAGUGGGUGCCCCAUGGCCAUUGCUAGGGGGGGUCUUGACUUUUCCUUUUUUGCUUGUGCCUCUCAAUAACUGCUGUGGCAUUACGUUCUACACAGUCUUUGCCCUUCAGCACAGUCUCAAAGUCAGAUUUGUAAGGGUACAAGUAUAAGAAUUUUGUGCGCUUACCUACACAUUAUGCAAGCUUAUUAGUGAAGCCAUGACAGUGGCAGGGUGGUCAUAAUCCCAUUGUCCUUGGCCAUUUUCCUGGCCCAGAAAACAUUUGGCAUGACUGAUGGGAUGUUUUUGCACCUUGGAGGCCCUGUUGCAGACUUUUCACCAAGAUAAAGUCUCUGUGUUCUAUACAACUCAGUCAAGUGGAGAAGCGAAUGCCCAAGAGAAAUGAUCCAUCCCCACAGAAAGGGAAAACCAUCCCCUGGGAAGCAGGAAUCUGCCAGGCUGAAUUCCCUGUGUGAGCCAGACAGAAGGGGCAGGGUGGUUGUGGUGGGGCUGCUCUGGCUUCUGGCUUGCUGGGUCUGGAUCGUGGGAGCUGCCCAUUACAAGGACAUUAUGGGUCUUCUGCUGAUUUCAUGUCUUCUCCUGUGUCCACGGAGACUCAACAGAGGAACACCAUGCAAAGAAUGGUGAGUCUUUCUGCUUCCCAAAUGCCUUCCCUAUGGGUAUAAGGCCUUGAAUCAGGUGUGGAGUGAUGCUCCAGCAAUGCCACCUUCAUCCCGAGUGCCACAUUGAGAGAGCCUGCCAGUGUGCAAGGCUCAACCUCGCAGCUGGUGCUCCCUGUUCUUGGGCUUUACCAACAUGUUCCCUAAUGGCCAGUGGUGGGGUGGUUUUUGACUCUUCAUUUUAUGUUGUGAGCCUGUGAUUAGCUUUUGGGGAAUUAGUAUUUAUGGACUCUUUGCCUUUCAGCUCAUUUCCAGUGGAAGAUUAAUAAAAGUGAAUGUUUAGUGUGUUGUGAUGGUGCAAGCUCUUUCAUAGAGCCUUCACAUCAGCAGAGCAGUUUUAAUACCAGGCUCCUUGGCAAUUCUCCUGACCCAGCAUGUAUUUCGCACGAUUGCUGGGUUGUUCUUGUCCCUGCGGGUCCUAUUAUGAAUUUCUUUACAUUCUGAAGUCCCUGUGUUCCUUGCUAUCCAGUCAAGGGGAGAAGCGGUGGCCCAAGAGAGAGGACCCAUCCCCAGGGAAAGGGAAUACUGUUGUCCUGGGAAGCAAGAAACUGAUAGCUGAAUUCCCUGUGUGAGCCAGCAAGAAGGGGCAGGGUGGUGGGGCUACUCCUACAGCAAGUUUCUGGCUUGCUGGGUGCUGGUUGAGGGGAGGUGCUGUGUCCCUCAGCACCUGACAUGCGAAUGGGGUCCUGUGGUUGUGAUGCUGGUGGAGGUGGCAGCCCUUGAGGGUGUCUGUGGCAGGCAGGGGCAGUGCUGUGAGCGGUGGGGAGUGGGUGGGAGGACAGUGGGUGUCAUCCUGUGCAGGUAUUGGGUGCUGCUGUGUCCAGAGCAAGGGAGCCCCUGCCCCCACGGCUGGCAGCAGCUCAUGCCUGGGAAGCCCUGAUUGCUCUCCCUUCGUUCUGCCAAGCCCUCACGUGCAGAGCAGCCUCAGCUGCAAGCAGGGGCAGCCCUGGGUGCUGAGAAGGGGGACUGCGGGCAAUGCGCUGCCACCACGGCUCCGUGCCUGGGGGAGCUCUGGCUGCAUGUGGGUUUGGAGGAGAAGGGAUCUGCUUUGCUGAAGGUGUCCCAGGAUUUACAGCCAUCUUCACUGGAGGUUGGGUGCUAAUCAGUGUGUCCUCUUUUCACCCUUUCUUCUUGCAGAGCUACUGAAGAAGGAGAUUGGUGAGUGUCGCUGACUCCCUGGGGCCCGUGUGUGUGAGCAGUUUGUGGGAUGGGGCGCCAGGGUGGGAGAGUGGAGGACAAGUCAGCCCUCACCCCAUGGGACAGCCAGGAGAGCCUGCACUGUGGAGCGUGACCGGUGUCAGGAAUGCUGAGAGACACCUGGCUUGGAGGCCAUCUCUGCUGGCUUUCCCUCCCCUUCCUGUCACCAACUGUCCCUGGGGAAGGGGCCUCUAAAGGCACCCAUGGCCCUUGCCACAAGGCAGAUGGUGGGUUGCCGUGGCGGGUGGCUGGUGAUGCCCAGGCUGUGGGAGGCUUUGUUGGAGGCAGGAUCAUGAGGGAAGGAGAUGCUGAGGGGAGGCCACAGUGUGUGUGAUGGGGCAGAGAGCCCAUGUCCCUGAGGAACCCUGGCUACUUAAAGGGAUUUGGGUCUGUGCCGUCGUUGGUAAAAAUGCUUCUGAGGGCCACAUGAUGAGGAGCUCCAAAGGAGCAUGAACUCUCCUGCAUGCCAGAUUUGUUGUUCAUCACUCCCUGGGGUGGACAGUCCCAGAGGGAGAUGGCUUGUAGGGAUCCUGUGGGUCCUGUCCUGACUUCAUGUCUUCCUCUCCUGUGACCAUGGUGACUUGCAGAUGAACUGCGUGCAACGAAUGGUGAGUGUUUCCGCUUGUGCAAAUGCUGUCCUUGCCUGAGUUAGUGCCCUGGGCUGGGAGGGGAGGGAUGCUCCAGCAAUGCCAGCAGCUCCCCGAAUGCCACGCUGAGAGACUUUGCCAAUGUGCAAGGCUCAACCUGGCAGCUGGUGCUCCGUGGCUCUGGCUCUGCAGGGGCGGUGCCCAUGGCCAGCUGUGAAUUGUUUGGACUCUUCCUUUUUGUGGGGGAUCUUGCAAUCGCUUCUGCGGCAUUGCCAUUUCCAGAGCCUUUGCCUGUCAGCACAGUCUCAGAGGCAGCUCAGCAAGGAUGCAAAUUCAGGGUGUCGUGCGCUUUACCUGCCCAUAGUGCAGCUCAUUAGUGAUGCCUUGAACAAUGUCCGGACUGUGUUAAUCCCAUGGUCCUUGGCCAUUCUCCUGGACCAGCAUGCAUUUGGCAUGAGAGAUUGGAUGUCCUUGUGCCUGGGGGUCCUAUUAUGGACUUAUGACCAUUGUGAAGGCUCUGAGUUCCUUGCUAUCCGGUCAAGGAUAGAAGCAGUGGCCCAAGAGAGAGGACCCAUCCCCCGGGAAAGGGAAUACUGUUGUCCUGGGAAGCAAGAAACUGAUAGCUGAAUUCCCUGUGUGAGCCAGCAAGAAGGGGCAGGGUGGUGGGGCUACUCCUACAGCAAGUUUCUGGCUUGCUGGGUGCUGGUUGAGGGGAGGUGCUGUGUCCCUCAGCACCUGACAUGCGAAUGGGGUCCUGUGGUUGUGAUGCUGGUGGAGGUGGCAGCCCUUGAGGGUGUCUGUGGCAGGCAGGGGCAGUGCUGUGAGCGAUGGGGAGUGGGUGGGAGGACAGUGGGUGUCAUCCUGUGCAGGUAUUGGGUGCUGCUGUGUCCAGAGCAAGGGAGCCCCUGCCCCCACGGCUGGCAGCAGCUCGUGCCUGGGAAGCCCUGAUUGCUCUCCCUUCGUUCUGCCAAGCCCUCACGUGCAGAGCAGCCUCAGCUGCAAGCAGGGGCAGCCCUGGGUGCUGAGAAGGGGGACUGCGGGCAAUGCGCUGCCACCACGGCUCCGUGCCUGGGGGAGCUCUGGCUGCAUGUGGGUUUGGAGGAGAAGGGAUCUGCUUUGCUGAAGGUGUCCCAGGAUUUACAGCCAUCUUCACUGGAGGUUGGGUGCUAAUCAGUGUGUCCUCUUUUCACCCUUUCUUCUUGCAGAGCUACUGAAGAAGGAGAUUGGUGAGUGUCGCUGACUCCCUGGGGCCCGUGUGUGUGAGCAGUUUGUGGGAUGGGGCGCCAGGGUGGGAGAGUGGAGGACAAGUCAGCCCUCACCCCAUGGGACAGCCAGGAGAGCCUGCACUGUGGAGCGUGACCGGUGUCAGGAAUGCUGAGAGACACCUGGCUUGGAGGCCAUCUCUGCUGGCUUUCCCUCCCCUUCCUGUCACCAACUGUCCCUGGGGAAGGGGCCUCUAAAGGCACCCAUGGCCCUUGCCACAAGGCAGAUGGUGGGUUGCCGUGGCGGGUGGCUGGUGAUGCCCAGGCUGUGGGAGGCUUUGUUGGAGGCAGGAUCAUGAGGGAAGGAGAUGCUGAGGGGAGGCCACAGUGUGUGUGAUGGGGCAGAGAGCCCAUGUCCCUGAGGAACCCUGGCUACUUAAAGGGAUUUGGGUCUGUGCCGUCGUUGGUAAAAAUGCUUCUGAGGGCCACAUGAUGAGGAGCUCCAAAGGAGCAUGAACUCUCCUGCAUGCCAGAUUUGUUGUUCAUCACUCCCUGGGGUGGACAGUCCCAGAGGGAGAUGGCUUGUAGGGAUCCUGUGGGUCCUGUCCUGACUUCAUGUCUUCCUCUCCUGUGACCAUGGUGACUUGCAGAUGAACUGCGUGCAACGAAUGGUGAGUGUUUCCGCUUGUGCAAAUGCUGUCCUUGCCUGAGUUAGUGCCCUGGGCUGGGAGGGGAGGGAUGCUCCAGCAAUGCCAGCAGCUCCCCGAAUGCCACGCUGAGAGACUUUGCCAAUGUGCAAGGCUCAACCUGGCAGCUGGUGCUCCGUGGCUCUGGCUCUGCAGGGGCGGUGCCCAUGGCCAGCUGUGAAUUGUUUGGACUCUUCCUUUUUGUGGGGGAUCUUGCAAUCGCUUCUGCGGCAUUGCCAUUUCCAGAGCCUUUGCCUGUCAGCACAGUCUCAGAGGCAGCUCAGCAAGGAUGCAAAUUCAGGGUGUCGUGCGCUUUACCUGCCCAUAGUGCAGCUCAUUAGUGAUGCCUUGAACAAUGUCCGGACUGUGUUAAUCCCAUGGUCCUUGGCCAUUCUCCUGGACCAGCAUGCAUUUGGCAUGAGAGAUUGGAUGUCCUUGUGCCUGGGGGUCCUAUUAUGGACUUAUGACCAUUGUGAAGGCUCUGAGUUCCUUGCUAUCCGGUCAAGGAUAGAAGCAGUGGCCCAAGAGAGAGGACCCAUCCCCCGGGAAAGGGAAUACUGUUGUCCUGGGAAGCAAGAAACUGAUAGCUGAAUUCCCUGUGUGAGCCAGCAAGAAGGGGCAGGGUGGUGGGGCUACUCCUACAGCAAGUUUCUGGCUUGCUGGGUGCUGGUUGAGGGGAGGUGCUGUGUCCCUCAGCACCUGACAUGCGAAUGGGGUCCUGUGGUUGUGAUGCUGGUGGAGGUGGCAGCCCUUGAGGGUGUCUGUGGCAGGCAGGGGCAGUGCUGUGAGCGAUGGGGAGUGGGUGGGAGGACAGUGGGUGUCAUCCUGUGCAGGUAUUGGGUGCUGCUGUGUCCAGAGCAAGGGAGCCCCUGCCCCCACGGCUGGCAGCAGCUCGUGCCUGGGAAGCCCUGAUUGCUCUCCCUUCGUUCUGCCAAGCCCUCACGUGCAGAGCAGCCUCAGCUGCAAGCAGGGGCAGCCCUGGGUGCUGAGAAGGGGGACUGCGGGCAAUGCGCUGCCACCACGGCUCCGUGCCUGGGGGAGCUCUGGCUGCAUGUGGGUUUGGAGGAGAAGGGAUCUGCUUUGCUGAAGGUGUCCCAGGAUUUACAGCCAUCUUCACUGGAGGUUGGGUGCUAAUCAGUGUGUCCUCUUUUCACCCUUUCUUCUUGCAGAGCUACUGAAGAAGGAGAUUGGUGAGUGUCGCUGACUCCCUGGGGCCCGUGUGUGUGAGCAGUUUGUGGGAUGGGGCGCCAGGGUGGGAGAGUGGAGGACAAGUCAGCCCUCACCCCAUGGGACAGCCAGGAGAGCCUGCACUGUGGAGCGUGACCGGUGUCAGGAAUGCUGAGAGACACCUGGCUUGGAGGCCAUCUCUGCUGGCUUUCCCUCCCCUUCCUGUCACCAACUGUCCCUGGGGAAGGGGCCUCUAAAGGCACCCAUGGCCCUUGCCACAAGGCAGAUGGUGGGUUGCCGUGGCGGGUGGCUGGUGAUGCCCAGGCUGUGGGAGGCUUUGUUGGAGGCAGGAUCAUGAGGGAAGGAGAUGCUGAGGGGAGGCCACAGUGUGUGUGAUGGGGCAGAGAGCCCAUGUCCCUGAGGAACCCUGGCUACUUAAAGGGAUUUGGGUCUGUGCCGUCGUUGGUAAAAAUGCUUCUGAGGGCCACAUGAUGAGGAGCUCCAAAGGAGCAUGAACUCUCCUGCAUGCCAGAUUUGUUGUUCAUCACUCCCUGGGGUGGACAGUCCCAGAGGGAGAUGGCUUGUAGGGAUCCUGUGGGUCCUGUCCUGACUUCAUGUCUUCCUCUCCUGUGACCAUGGUGACUUGCAGAUGAACUGCGUGCAACGAAUGGUGAGUGUUUCCGCUUGUGCAAAUGCUGUCCUUGCCUGAGUUAGUGCCCUGGGCUGGGAGGGGAGGGAUGCUCCAGCAAUGCCAGCAGCUCCCCGAGUGCCACGCUGAGAGACUUUGCCAAUGUGCAAGGCUCAACCUGGCAGCUGGUGCUCCGUGGCUCUGGCUCUGCAGGGGCGGUGCCCAUGGCCAGCUGUGAAUUGUUUGGACUCUUCCUUUUUGUGGGGGAUCUUGCAAUCGCUUCUGCGGCAUUGCCAUUUCCAGAGCCUUUGCCUGUCAGCACAGUCUCAGAGGCAGCUCAGCAAGGAUGCAAAUUCAGGGUGUCGUGCGCUUUACCUGCCCAUAGUGCAGCUCAUUAGUGAUGCCUUGAACAAUGUCCGGACUGUGUUAAUCCCAUGGUCCUUGGCCAUUCUCCUGGACCAGCACGCAUUUGGCAUGACUGAUUAGAUGACCUUCUGACUGGGGACCCUGUUACUGUGUCCAUUGUGCAAGCUCUGUAUUCUUUGCAGUUCAGUCAAGGGGAGAAGUGUUGGCCCAAGUCAUAGGUUCCGUCCCCAGGGAAAGGGAAAACCAUCCCCUGGGAAGCAGGAAUCUGCCAGGCUGAAUUCCCUGUGUGAGCCAGGCAGAAGGGGCAGGGUGAUUGUG